GCGCUUCCUUAUAUGGCCCAGACAGUGGCGAAGGAGGUGAAGUGUUGGCUUGCACUACAGCCGCAUUACUUGUGCGGGCGGACAAGUGGGUGAAGACAAAACAAAAAGGGGAGCCACCGGACGCACCAAUGGACAAGAAGGAUAUUUAAGCACCUGCCCCUGGGAGCGCACAGACACCGCAGUCCAUGCCUCUGCCUUGCCGGGUCCUUGAUGGGAAACCAACUGGACCGGAUCACCCACCUCAACUACAGCGAGCUGCCCACCGGGGAUCCGUCCGGGCUGGAGAAGGACGAGCUUCGCGUCGGCGUCGCCUACUUCUUCUCCGACGAGGAGGAGGAGGCGGUGGACGAGCGCACGCCGUCCGACUGCGGCUUCGGCAAGGACCACAGCCCGGCGGAGGAGGAGGAGGAGGAGGCGGAGGGCGGCGGACCGUUCACGGUGAGCGAAGUGGAGUACUCGGCGUUCUGCGCGCAGGAGUGCAUCUUCUCCAAACUCCGCGGGAACGAGGACCUGGACGUGUACGCGGCGCCAACUUUGCUGGCCAUGUGCAAGCCGGGCGACGUGCUGGAGCUGCUGGCCGCCGCGCAGCCCCCGCACUGGGCCGUGUGCGAGCACGACGGCCGGGUCAUCCACCUGCACAAGGGCGAGAUCCGUAGGGAGGGCCUGCUCGACAUGUGCGGCGGCCGCCACGGCCGGAUAGCCAACAGCCGCUACCGGUACCGGCCGCUCCCCGCCAACCUGGUGGUGCAGAACGCCGCGGGCCACGUCGGGCUGCGCAGCGAGGAGACGUGCUGGACCAACUCGGAAAGUUUCGCCGCCUGGUGCCGCUUCGGCAAGAGGGAGUUCAAGGCCGGCGGGGAGGCGCACUCGGCCGAGCAGCAGUACUUCCUCAAGGUGCACCUGUCGGGCAGCGGCGUGCACACGCUCGUCUUUCGCAGCCUGGAGGACAUGAUCCGGGAGAGGCGGCGAGUGGACGCCAGUGGAAUCCUCAAAGAGCUCUCCUUGGUCAACGUGGGCAAGGAGUGAUAAUAUCACGCCGUCUCCUCCCUGAAGCACAACGACCUGUUGUGUAUGCUCCGGACCCUCCGUGGUGCGUUCAAAGACCACUUACCCUGUGCCGUGGUGGAAUCUCCCAUAAACAGAAGGUGGAUUCAUGUAAACAAGACAACGCCCCUUCCCAACACCCCCACUCUUAUUUCCUCAUGGCUUCAUUUCUGCUGGGUGGAAUUUGGGAGAUUCUCUGCAGGAAGGUUCUAUUUUUUUACUGUUAGCUUUAAGAGUUUUGACUGAUGCUGCCUAAAUAACACAAAAGAAGAAGCUAUCUGCCAUAAAACGACAGUAUUGACAUCCCACAGCCAUGCUGCUGUGUUAAAAAAAAAAAAAAUGUAUUCCUACAUCGAGUCCCUUUAUUUUUGUAUUUACGUUUUGAGUGGUUAUGAAAUUGAUUUCUUGUUUUUGCUCCUGGCUCAAAUAAAUGGAAGUUGAAAUAU